GUUAAGAUGUCGGACGUGUGAUUACUUUGACUUUCUAAUUUGUUUCAAAAUCUAAUAAUAAUGCAGUGAAAGAUGAUUUAUCUCUGACGACUUCUGCAAGAUUAAACCGUAACACAUGUUGUGAACAACAAAAAUUUUAAAGGUUAGUUUACAUUGGAUCUUGGGUGUCAACACUCAUCAUGAAUUCAAUCACAGCUUUAAAGGGAAACCUAGGAUUAAGGAGCAGUCCUUUGUCUCCAACAUCAAGUAAACUAUCAACUCAAUACCUUGUUUUAGAUCACAUGGCCAGUCACUAUAAAAAAAUUAGUAAGGCUAAAUCUGCCAUUGACAGUACACGUCCAAAAUCAAUGGUAUGCAGUCAAAAAGCAAGAGAUAAUCAAAGACGUAAGAAUAUUUCACAAGGUCUACCAACUCGUACAACAUCUCAGAUCUCUAGGCAUACACCAUCACCAAAUCACUAUAGAACAGAUGAACACUAUAAUGAUGCCUUAUGGGAUGAGGAACUUGAAGAUGAGGAUGAUAGAUUAGUUCAAAGCAUAAUGAGAACGACACUACAAACAAAACCUAAUCCCAGCCAUCAUGCAACGUUCAAUACCAAUCAUGCACAACAUAAUUAUCAUCAACAAGAUGUCUAUGAUUCUCGUAACUUUGAGACGACAAGACCUGUUUCACAGCGAUCAAUGCUAAGCAGUGCAUCGCGACUCAAGCUGGCAUUAGCUGCCACAAAAGGGCCAAAUGAUGGUGAUAUUCUGGAAAAACGAAAGGAAGUCUUUAACCAACCAGAAAAACCAUUUACACCUCGAACACUUAAAACAGACAGAAAGUCAAGACUAAGCGAAUACAAAUACUAUACACCACCAAAGAAAAACAAGAACAAAAGUCAGGAAACAUCCAGAGAAAAACAGAUAGAUAAUCCCAACAAGGAAAAAAUUGAUAAUCAGCCUAAAGCGAAACCUCGAAAGCAAUCUUCCCAAUUUCAACCUGAACACACAAUGUCUAGUACAAUGAUGCGUGAAAGCUUUCAAACUCGUGAUUUUAGUAACAACUACAAUAAAAGCAAUGCAGAUGUUCCUCCUUUAGACAUUACAGUUGACAAUGAUCAUCGGAAUUGGUUAGAAGAACAGGCUGGAAAAGCAGAGUUCAGAAGAGAAAAAGCACCACACAUUCUGCACUCCAACAUCAAUGAUGAUGACCCCUCUCAAUAUAUCCAAGAUGAGGAACAAAAAUACGUAGAUUUUGCACAUGGUAUAACUAAAGAUAUUAUCAGUAGAGGUGUAUAUACAGAUAGAAUGCUAAAGCAAGUUUUUAAUGAACACUUUGAACGAAGAAAGCAUGAACUGGAUCAGGUGAAAAUGAAACGUGAACUUGAUAAAUUGCGCCGUGAAUUAGAUCUUCAUCCAGAAGUCGGAAAUGACAAAGACUAUGUUGAUACCAGACGUAAUAUCCACUUAACCAAUGACACUUACUUAGGCAGAACUGCUGAAAUUGACACCAUUCUCCAAAAUAGCACUUCUCGUUACCAUACAAACACUGCUGAUAGUCACACAAUGCCCCCAAAUACUUCUAGUUACUUGGAAGAAACUGCUGAUCGUUUUACAAAUGAUACUGCUGGUUAUGUGGAAAAGACUACAAACAAUGAAACCAAAAAUAGUCAACUGGAAAAAACUGCCACAAGUGAUACAAAUGAAUCAAAUGGUUAUUUUGGAAAAACUUCUGAUUCAAAUAGGCCUAAUUCGAGAACAAGGUGGUCUAUUGACUCAACCAAUACCUUGAACUUUAAUAGCACCAAAGGUGAACUACUGAGUACCAUUCAAUCUGAUAAUAUUGAAGGUGAUAAUGAUGAUCUCACAUCAACACAAAUAUUAGAUCAAUAUCAGACAAUGAUGACAAUGAAGGCUAAGGAUGGUGAAGAAACAGAUAGUCAGUAUCAGAGUAGCCAGAGUCGUCAGAGUCCUGACAGUUCCAAACAUCAUGUGAUCUCUGAAUCUAAAGAUGAAUUCCAAAAUGAUAACAUGAAGACAUUGAAAGAAACCAGUGUACACCAAACUGCUGAUGAAGAUGAGGAUUAUAAUGCUGAAUAUGAAGAUGAUUAUGAAUCUGAUCAUGAUACAGUCAAACAUGACUCUUCUGACGAUGAUUUUUAACUUAAUAGUUUUCCACCAUAGAUCAGAAUACAAACUAUAAUAAUAAUAUGUACAUGAAGUGCUUUUAAUAAUUUUUCUAGUCCCAAAUUCCUAAAUCAUAGUGAGGGUUCUCAUACAAUCAACAAGGUUUUGAUUUUAUAUCUCAAUAGAAUGAAUUAUAAUUAUGGUUAUUUUGUGUAGUGUUCUAGGGAGUUUAUCCUGGGAAAUUAUUACUUAUGAUGAUACAAUCAAGAAUAUUGGAGGAUUUGUUUCAUUUAUUUCCAAAAAGGUCAUGUUUCUGUUAAUAAUUCCCUUAUUAAAAGGUAAUCUGUAAUUAGUUUUACAAUCUAUUUAUUAUGUAUUAUGUAUUAAUUUUGUUUUAUUGAUGUUUCUAAAGAACUCAACUGUCUCUGAUCAUAAUAUCUAUGCUUUUUAUAUCAUGUUUUUACAUUUCAAGAAUACUGUAUUUUUGUCCACAUGUACUGUCCAUUUUAAUUGUGAUAAGACUUAUAUUAGAAUUUGGAAUAUUUAUUUGAUAAAUUUAUUGUUGAAUAUUGAGUUGAAUACAAAACAAUUUUAUCAAUUUCAUGACAGGAAACUUAGAAUUGUAAAUUAUUUUCCAUCAGUCAUUACUGAAUUGAGUGUGGUAGAUUUAUAUUCUGUUCUAUGAAUUAGGACAUUGUGACAUUCCUAAAUAAAUGAAAAUAAGCAUCAGGUCUAUGUAUGUGUUGUAAAUUGUAAUGAUAAUUAAUUUAUUUAUUUCUAUUUGUUAAUCAUUUAAAUGUCCUGUGAUAUUUGUUCUAGAUGGCAAUAUAGAUGAAGAUAUACUAUUUAUUUAAAUUUAAAAAUGUUAUUUUUUUGUUUAUUCACAUGUCAAAUUGAUCUGAAAGUUGUAAUAAUCACUACAGUAUUCUUGCUAUCUGUUUAUUUGCUCACCCUUUAUAGAUUUUUUUUUUUCUAAAUAAAUAAGAUAAUUAAAAUCGGUCAAUAAUUAAUGAGCCAGUUAUAUUUCAUAUUGGGAUAUAUCAUAGUACACCUCUAUUCAUAGUAGCACUUAAUUCAAGCUGUUCAAAUCUGUUCUGCACAAAAAGACAACUAUAGAUUUCUGCAAUGAAUCGCUGCCAUGUUGAAAAAGCAACAAAAGAAAUGUCAGGUUGGUAUGUUACUCUGAAUAGAUGCAUUGCAUAAAACUUGCCAAAUGUUUUUAUUGUACAUUUGGGUCAUUCCAUGUCAAGUGGACCAAAUUUCGGAAAAUUGGGAACAUGACCCUCUCCAAUUUUAUAUGUAAUACAAAAUUAUACCCCGCUAGGUCGAAAACUCCCCGAGAUGUGGCCAUUUGGAAUUAGGGUACUGAAAAGGAUCGUGAAUUCGGUAAUUUUUUUUCAGGUUUUCGGGUGCUUUAAACUCACAUUUCUAAUAGGAGUAGAAUUCUCCAACUUUGUAAUCUAAGACAGUUCGUGCCACCAGGUGGCAAAAUGUAGAAUGAACCAUUCACUUUUUUUUUUCAGGAUUUCCACAGCCACUGGCAAAGUCACUAUUUGUAUACACAACCUCCAAAAUUGGCAUAGUUAUGUCUAGUUUGUCUUUUAUCAAUUUACAAAGGAUUCUGAGUCGAUGGGAUAUCCUUUCCAAAUACAUGUAUCCAGGUUAAAAUUCUGAAAAAGUUUGAUAAUAAAACUUCAAUUAUCCUACUAUACAUGUUACAUAAUUAAAGUCCAUCUUGUAUAUUUGAUG